AUGGCAACCGUAACAAGGAUCAAACUACUUCUCCUCUUAACCUUUCUCCUAGCAGGCACAGCUCUCUCAGCUCGCAAGACAAACCCUAAGAAGGUCCCCAAAAAUGCUGUCUUACUUUCCAAGGUUUCUGCCAUCACCGUCCGCGCCGGCAAACAAACCACCUCCCGUCGAGUCUCUCCCGUGCCUCAGCUACAAUGCGUGGGAAACCCCAGAAUAUGCAAGCUAUACUCGAUUGAUGUCAUGAGGUGCACCAACGAGGGUUCUGACUAUGAUGAAAACAACGUGCAGUGGAGCUGUAAAGCUUCCCUUCCCGAGGAAUUCAAGCUGGGCAGCACAGAAGUGACGUGCGAGGGCUACGAGAGCAGCGAAGAUCCAUAUGUUCUUUCGGGAAGUUGCGGUGUCGAGUACGCACUUGUGUUGACCGAGAAGGGAGAGGAAAAGUAUGGUUCUGGCAGCUUCUUUGACUUUCGUGGCGCACAGCGCAGUGAGAAUACGGCAGAGAAAUACGCUGGCUACUUGUUCAUGGGAUUGUUCGGGGUGGUUCUGUUCAUCAUCUUGCGCGGUCUCUACAAUGCCUGGCGUAGUGAUACACCUAGAAGGAGACCACGAGGAGGCGGAGGGUUUGGGGGAGGUGGAGGCGACAAUGAUCCUCCACCUCCAUACGACCCCCGGCCACCUCCCCGACCCAAAAAGGCCACUUGGUCAUCGGGCUCAAGUUCAAGCGCAGGAACUACCGGGCCCGGAUAUCAGGAACAAGGCUGGCGCCCGGGAUUUUGGACAGGUACGGCUGCUGGAGCUGCCGCAGGGUAUUUGGCUGGGAGGGGUGCGCGGACACAACCCGCGCCACAAGCCCCGGCGACUGGGGGAUGGUUUGGGGGUGGAGGAGGCGGCGGCUUUGGUGCAUCGACCAGACCAGGGCCGUCUUCAAGGAAUGCAAGUUCACCGAGCUCGAGCUAUUCGAGCACGAGACACGAAAGCACUGGGUUUGGAGGGACAAGCCGUCGAUAA